AUGGCAACGACCUUUGCCCCAGAUAUCGACAUGGUCAUCGAGGAAACAAGAAGGACUCCAUUUACAAACAAAAUUGCCAGCGUGAGGCUGCAUCAUGUUGGGAAAUUAAAAUUCCCCGAAUACGCAGGAAACACGGACCCAAAGGCCCCCGUACGAGCCUUCCGUCUAGCAAUAUCGAGAGCACACCUCACCGACAACGAAAAAGAGGCCGGUUACUGCCACUUAUUAGCCAAGAACCUCACGGGAGCCGCCCUCGAAUGGUUCGCUGGACUAGAAGAAAACUCGAUUGACAAUUUCACUCAGUUGGUAUCUACAUUCCUCAAACAGUACUCAGUCUUCAUAGAAACAAGAGUUACCGAGGCAGAUCUUUGGAAUCUCAAGCAAGCGCCUUUCAAGCCGUUGAGAGCGUACCUAAACAAGUUCAGAGAAAUCAAAGCCAAGAUUUCGCAUCCAAACGAGGUCGUCGCCUUGGCAGCAUUGAAGAAUGGCGUUUGGUUCUCAUCCAAAUUUAGGGAAGAACUGGCAGUACGAGCACCUAUCUCGUUGGAUGACGCCUUACACCGAGCCUCGUACUUCGCUACCCACGAGGAGGAGGUCGCAGCCUUAAAGGACCAGUAUAGCGCGAACAAGAAUAAUGCAACCAAAAAGCCAACCGCGCCUAAAGAACAAGCGACCAAAGGGCAACAUUCCUACACAAUAAACAACUCGCCGCAAAAAUCUUCCACAUACGACCUCAGCAAAUAUUGCGCCUUUCAUGACCGCAAAGGCCAUUCGACUGAAGAGUGUCGAGUGGCGCUUCGCAGUCAGAACGAAAAUAAUAAAAACCAGCGAAGAAACCGGAGUGGAAGAGGAAGAGCCAGUGACUCCAAAAUCUAA